AUGUCGGCCGACCUGCGCUCGGCCAUCAGACUGUGCCGGUUGAUCGGGCUGUUCCCGCCCGGAUCGAAGCCCGACGUCGCGGCCGCGUACAGAGCGUACCAAGUGUUGCUGUUCGCGGUGGUCAGCACCGUGACCGCCACCAUGACCAUCCAGCUGUUCAUAGCCCCCGAACUGGACACGUUGGCCCGGACAAUCGACAUAUGGACAAUGUGCCUGUCGGGCUUGUACAAGUGGUACUGUUUGGCCGUGUUCGUCGACAAGUACCGCACGUUACACGGGCUAUUGGACAGAGUGCGGGUCCAGGCCGAGGUCGUUUACGGGCCGUCCGCGCAUCGUUUCAUGGCCAAUCACGUGCGGCGCGUUGGACUGAUCAGCAACGUGUACGGGCUGAGUGGAAUCUUAGUCGCCGGGUUCCUAUCGUUGGGCGCGAUGUACUCGUAUCCAAAAGGGUACAUUUACAUUAUUAUCUAUAAUUAUUAACGCCGAUAUACGCUAUAUGCAAACGAAAAAAUAGCCCACGUACCGCCAGGUUCAUAAUAGCCGAUGUACUUUUUAGGGGUGAAAACGAAUUUGAGCGUUAUGAGGCAUAACGCUCGUCAUAACUUAUAACGUAUCCAACAAGAUUAAAUUUUGACAAAAAUCGGUACAUUUAAAACGUGUUUUAUCGAACUUCUUGUAGCGCUGAUGAAGCACCUUAAAAUCAUUGGAUAUACAAGGAAUAAGAGAGUAAAACGCAUUAAUUUUGUAUAAACGUGAUGUUUUUGAAAAAAAAAAAAUCAACUUCUAAAAAUACAAAUCGAUUAGAAUUUAUAUGAUUUGCGCUGUAAAUUAAUAAGUCUAAAUUUCACGUGACAACAUAAUGGCAAUUAUGGGGGGCACCCAGUGAACACAAUAUAUUUUAUUAUAUAGGUAUAAACGUUCCAGUGGUCAGCAGUUUUUGCUUUGAAAUAAUUAAUGUAACAGUGUGAAGAUUUGAUUUCAAAAUUGUAAUAAAUAAAAUGUUAUGAGAUUAAUAUACUUAUUUUUUAAAAUAUUUUAAAAUUAUGAAGGUUAAAUAAAAUUAUUGAUGUAUUUAAAUGAAUAUUGAAAUUCGUGAUACAUGAACAGCAGUAUUUCAAACUGAGAAUAAACACAUUUUAGGUAGAUAUUUAUAAUGUGCAAGUUUGUACAUUUUUAAUUUUUUCUUUAACUACUUAGAUAUUGGAUAUUUUUAAUUUUUAUACCGCGAAGGGCCUCAAAAAAAUAUUUGCCCCGGGCAUCCGAAAGUCUAAGGUUUGUAGGUGGGAAGUUUGGAAGGCAGGAUACAUAACGUUAUUUAAUUUAUAUUGGAUUCGGAGUGAAAUUCGGUUAAACAUGUUUUGAAAGGCCGUAAUAUUUACGAUUUUCGUCAACAUUUGAUAUUAUUAUACACUCUUAAAAAAAAAAAAAGCUACAUUAUACUCAUUUUUUUUUUUACCACUAAGUGCGACUUAUAAUGAAUGUCCUUUUAAGUUCUCAAGCAUUUCUGUUCAGCCAAAAAAUUUUAUCCACAGAGUACCUUACCAAAUAAACACUAAAUAAAAACAACUCACAAAAUUAAUAUUCUAAGGUUAGAUUAGGAUAAUUAAAAGUCUAUAUGUAACUCGAAUGGCUUAAAUGUUUUGAACAUUUUACCACGUCUAGAAAACGCAAGUAUAAGUUUUCUGUCUAAAUUUUAAGUUUCUACGAACAUUUGUAAUAAAAAUAUUAUUUUCGUAAAUGUUCCCGCGUUCUUUCAAAAUGUUUCUAUUGGAGCAAUAUUUCUGGUAUAAAACAUAAUUUGCACAAAUUAAUAACAAUGAAAUAGGUAACGCCUUGGUGCGUCGUAAAUAUUUACCGUUUUACAUAUAAUUUUGUUUGUGGUUUUAUUCAAUUAUUUUAUUAACCACUAGGAAAAAUCAAAAAAUUACCUCACUAAUGCACCAACUAGAUUAAAGUUUCUUUCAGAACAGGUGCUAUACUUGUUGCGUCAGAGCAAGUUUUCUUUUCGAAAAGUUAUUUACCAACAGAAAAAAUAAAUCGCUACGUUCCGCAUAUAACACGGUCGAAGGCGCAUGAAAAAAAACCGAACCACCCUUGAUAUCUCGGUUCUGAGUUCUUCCAUUUUUUUCAGUAUACAUGUAUAGGAUUGUUUAGGUAAGCAUACUGAAUGACGUAUAUGUACGAAUAAAGGGGUUUGUUUAAUACAGGUAUUUAACCAGGAAUUGCUGAACGAGAAAGUAACAAUAUAAUACUACAAAUGAUUUUUUUCAUUAACAUAUCAAGUACCUAUACAUAAUAAUAGAAUCGUGAAACCAUAGUCUGAGUUAAUAAUAUAAUAUAAUACAUUUUUAACAUUUUAAAAUACUAAAACUAAAUUUUAAAGUGUCACGUGAUAUUUUGUAUAUUAAAUACCAAAUUUUGGUAUAAUUUCAUAUUUUCACCACAUAUUGCAAUGUCUAUUGAUUUUUUUUUUUUUUUAUAGCAAUCGAUCCGAUCUUGAAUACUUUAAUGACCCGAAGAGCUAUCCUUUAUGUUGUUGGAUGCCGUUUACCGUGUCUAAUUAUUGGGUUUUCAGUCUCAUAUGCGUGUUACAUUUUUUGGUACUUUUAUCAGCUGUAUUUAUGUAUUUAUUAAUUGACACGUACAUGUUCGGAGCUAUUUUCAUUAUGGGCGGUCAAUUCGAAUUGCUGAACGAAAUAUUAUCCAGUGUAAGACGUAAGUACCAGCAAGUCUAUUUGUUUUAUAGUUUGUAUCUAUAAAAUAUAUACUCUUUGCAGGCAUAAUGCCUGCAUUAGAAAAAGAAUGGCCAAUGCCAAACAUUUUUUUUUUUUAAACAUUAAACAAUAUUUUUUGUUACAUUAAUUAUUUCAAUUUCUUUAUAAAUAUAGAAUUUCGGAAACUUAACUUUUGAGUUAAUUUUACUCGUGAAAUGUAUUUUUUAAAUUUUUUUUUUUUUUUGUUGACAUUAAUCCUUCUUGCAUCAAGCCAAAAAAAUAUGCUUCAUAUUAUUAUUUAAUAGUUAAUGCAGGUUUUGUGUGUGUGAUUAAACCGUUUUAAGAUUUUAACAUAAAUAAGAUACAAUUUAUUGUUUUCUAUGCAUUGAUAAAUAUUUCAUAACAUUUUGAUAAUGUUUAUAAAUAUAUUAUAUAGCGAUGAUAAAACCAAAUUAUUCCAGCAAGCAAAAUAAAUUAAAAUCUGUUGACGAUCAAAAACAUAUAGACUGUUGUUAUUUUCUUUCGCAGUGCAUAAAUUACCACAGCUUAAUUUUAAAGUAAGUGAAUUUAAUUUCUAUAAUAAUUAUAGAUACUUGUACCAUAGUAUAGAACUAUAUGUGGUAAAAUUCAAAUGAGUUAUUAUUAAAAAAAAACUGGUAGAAUAAAAGUAGAACACGUAAAAACAUCGCAAUCACAAAUUCAAAAACGUUUUACAAUUCGUUGUUACUUGUUAUGUUUUUAACAAUACGUUUUUUUUUAUUAUUCUUGAAAGAAUAUUUAAAAUCUGUGUUAAAUAGCACAAUAAGCAAAUCUGAUAACAAUAUAAUAUAAUUUUAACCAUGAGUAAUAUGAUGAGGGAGGUUAUCCUGUGAUAAAACCUGCAGCGUAAUAUGUUAACAAUAUUUAUAUUAUAUUGGUAUUUAAAUGAUAAUUUAACGACUAAUGACUGGAAAGAUAGCCGCCACGUUUUUAUUUACACCGGGAGUGUCACUUAUGAUUAUAUCUAUUCUGUGCUAUAACUAAGGCUACUAGACACCACUAUACUCAGUGGCAGAUAAUCCUCUCCUCCAUUAAUUUCAUUCCCAUUCAUACUCUUAGCUACAAUAUACUCUGAGCAUGAUUUUGAUCAUAAAUGUGUGCCUCAUAUGGAUUUUCAAAAUCGUCUCUCCCGUUAACUGGCUUUGGAUCAAUCCCUGUCUGUACUUUACUUUUUUCGUUAACUUAUCUAAUGAUCAAGUUCCACACAUGCAUCAACCCACUCGCCUAAUUUGGUCAUGAAGCAGUUGCUUCAUAGGAUUUUAACUUAAAUUAUUAUUUUAACUUAACACAAAUGUAUAUUUUUAAAUUAACUUUAACUCAGUUAUUAUUUUAGGAUUUAAGGAUUUUUUAGCAUAAAUUAGUUAAAAAAUUGGUUAACUUGUUCUAUUUUGGAUGUUUUGGAAUUAACUUUUUUGUGUUUCGUGUAGCAACAAUAAUAUUAUAACAAUAACGUAUACCUCAUACAAAUUAACUAUGACUAAGUGCUAUAUUAUAUUUUGUACAGAUCAUUACGCAGUUUACAAGAUAUGUUCAACACGCUGAUUAUUUUUGAUUAUUUGCACGGAAUAACUUCAUUGACAUUUGCUAUGUUUCAGACAACGGUGCUCAUAAUAUAUUAUACUAAUGCUAUUAUCUGAUUUUUUUUUUUUUUUUUAUGAAAAUAACAUUAUUACAUCAUAAAUAUUUAACAAUGGUUUUUAUUUCUAGAUUAGCAGCAGUAUUGAAGAGACGAUAAGUUUGUUAGUAUUCAUUUCGAUUAGCAUUAUCCAUCAAUAUCUCAACAACUUUUUUGGAGAGUAUAUCAUACAAAAGGUAAGCGUGAUCACACUAGGAAUCCCAGAUCAUUAGCUUACGUUGUAAACUAUCCUUUUCUAACAAUGUUGGCCCACGGACUUCUCUUUCUGAUAUCAGUCCAUUUAUUUAAUAUUCCUAUGGUAUAAACAGAUAACACGGUGACUUUUUUUUUCUUAUUUUUAGCAACUUAACGUACAACGUGCCGCGUACGAUUUCCCUUGGUUGUUCAUCAACAAGAAAUCGCGACAACUAAUAACAAUGCUGAUUUUUAGAUCAAAUAAGCCUCUUAUUGUUACCGGGUUUUAUAUGUAUGAACUGUGUUUCAAAUCAUUCUUGGCGGUAAGAAUAAUAUUGUAAUAUACUUGAUAGCCCGUCAUAUGAUAGAUUAAAGUGGUUUCGGAAUGUACAAAAUGGCUAGCGACCAAGUCCAAUUAUAUAGCUAUAAAAUAUAAAUAUAAAUAUACGAUAUAAUACCAUAAUACUAUGGGGCGCCAUCAGAUUUUUAGAAAAUACUUUAGGGUACCGUGUGUCAAAAAAAGUUGGGAACCUCUGACCUGGAAGGUCGGAGGAUGGUCAACUCCUAUAAAAGUAGGUAAUCUCGUACAUUGACAUUUAAUUAUUUUGUUCUGCGAUUACUGGUAUGGAUGCUAUAAGCUUUUUAUUUCUGAGUGACGAAAAAAUGUUUUUUCUCACUUAAGUGCAAUUAUUACAAAAAAAACAUCAUUGUAAAACCAAUAAAUAUUCCUCGCUACACUCAGAAUCUAAAUUGUAAAAAUGUCUGUGUAGGAGAUUACACUAUCUAUUUUCGACAGGUAAAAAGGGACUAUGUAGGAGUUUACACUAUGUUUUAAAUACAAGUCAAAAGGUCAUUUUUGUAGGAGUGUACAUGUAUCCAGAGACUCGUCCUGGUUUUCCUCUUUGCGACCCGGUUAAGAGAAAAAAUUAAUCAUUGCUUACAAAAAACGAUUCUGACUAUUCUGAGCGGAGCUCGGUUAUUAGUAUUGCUUUUUCAACAAUAUAUAUGUACGUAAUAAGUAAAGUGAAACAAUUUGUAUUGACCAGUAACUAGAUUUAUUUCACAUAAUUUUUUAUCAAAACCAUUUUCCUCAAAAUUUGAUAUUAAAAUUCUUAUAAAAAAAUAUACUACAUUAAAUUAAAUUUGUUUUGUUUUGACCGCAAAGUAUAUCUUAUAAUUAACUUUCUGUUCAGUUUCCAAGCAUUUCUGUUUUGCUUAACAAUUUUAUCUACACCUGGUUUGUGGUUAUACAAGUAUAAAAUGUAAACAUUUCAGACGUCAUAUGAUAUUGGGCCUAUGGUAGUAUAUUAAUAUAAUAAUAAAUUAAAAACUUUAAUUCAAUAACAAUAUCAAUUUAAUUAUUACAGUUUGUUAAAGCGUUGUAUACUUACUACAUGGUGCUGAGAAAAGUCAACCAGGAGGAAGUCAAUUAA